AUGGAGAACUCUGCAAAAGAGCUGGAGAGGAAGAAAGCUGAAUGUGAAGCAGAACUUGAAUCGCAGAGCCAGGAACUUGAUCUACAUCUGAGCGAAGACCAGAUUGACUAUCUUACGGAAAAUGCGGAACAACAGAAACAGGUCCUCCAAAACGAGAAAGUCAAUCUGGUAUCAAUGGAGAAGCAAGUGAAGGAAAGCAAGGAAAAGUUAGAGAAGGUAUCUAUUGAGCUUAACGAAAUCAAUAAACAGCUCUCUGAUGCAAGUGGUGAUUCGGCGGAAUCAGAGCGUGUAAGACGACGCAAUGAAGCCAUUGAAAAUCUGAAGAGGGUUUUCCCAGACAAGUUCAUUCUCUACGUCAAGUUUGCUUGUAACCCUUUGGAACGCGUUCAUACUCCGCCGUCGGAUCGCUUGGGCUCGACGCAGCAAUCACUAUUCGCGCGGCAUGUCCAUGGUCGUCUGGUCGAUCUGUGCCAGCCUAGCCAUAAGCGCUUCAAUUUGGCUGUGACGAAAGUUCUCCAAAAGCAUAUGACGAGUAUUGUCUGCGACACUGAAGAUACUGCAAGGGAUGCGAUCAUGUAUUUGAAGGAACAACGCUAUCCUCCUGAAACCUUCCUACCUAAUCAUGGCCUUGACGUUCAUCCCAUCAACGAGAAACUUCGAGAGCUCACGCCGAAACGAUACAAAGCCGUUGCUUUGGAUGGAACCAUGUUCCAGCAAAGCGGAGUGAUUGGAGGUGGUAGUCAUGAGUUGAAAAUGCGUGCGAAGAAAUGGGACGAGAGGGACUUGAAAAAUAAGCUGACCUCAGUUGAGUAUCGGCUGAAAAAUAUGCAACUCGAGAAAACCAAGUGUGAGACUGACACACUCAAUAAGUUGACCUUCGAACUUGAAGCCCUCGAGUCUGAGCUCAGUGUGAUUCCGCCCAAAAUCGAGGAGAUAGAAGAGCGCAUGCAGGAAAGAGAGAGGGAAAUAGCGAAGAUCGAAGAGAAGAGUAACGCUGUUGCGGAUGAUGCUUUUGCCAAGUUUUCUGCCAAGAAGUGUCGGGAAUUAAGAACAUUCUUGAAUACGACAAGAAGCGUGAAAAUGACGGUAUUCCAUCAGGAAAGGGUUGACCGCAUGCGGGAGUUCGACAACGAACUUGACCGUAUUCGUAAUGAGCUGGAGUAUCUGCGUUCCGAGGAUAAAAACAGGAAAGUCAAACAGGAAAUGGAUAAGGUGAAAAAUCUCGAAAAGGAACUGGAAGCUCUGAAGAAAAAGGAAACAAAGGAAGGCAAAGUACUAGCGCGUUUAGAGAAAGAAAUGGAAGACUUGAAGGUUGCCGCCAUGGAAAAGAAAAACGAACAAGAAGCUUUGGAGCAGGAACUUGGUGCCGUGAAGAAAGAUGCUCAGGUAAAAUGUGCAAAAUUCUUGCGUAUCACACUGCCCUAG